AUGAACAACGCCAUUGAGGAGGAGCAACAGCCAGUCUACGCUGUGCUCUUUGGCUGCAUCUUGGCCCUUGGUCUGCCUCUCAACGCUGUGUCUCUGUGGAUUCUGCUUCGUCGCCACAGCCUCAAGUCACCCAACGCCGUCUUCAUGGUCAACCUGGCAAUCUCAGACCUGCUGCUUGUCAUCUCCUUACCCAUGAGGGUCUAUUUCUACGCAACAGGUAACUGGCCUUUUAGCAGCACAGCAUGUCUCAGUAUAGCUUCACUCUUUCACGCCAACAUCCACUCCAGCUCUAUCUUCAUCACCUUCAUCAGUGUGGACCGGCUGCUGGCUGUAGUUUAUCCUCUGAGGUCACGGCAUCUUCGAACCUCAACCAACGCCUGGAAAGGUGCUGGACUCACUUGGCUCAUUUUGUUGGUGACAAGUAUCUCAGUGACGGUGACGCUUUCAGGACGACCACCACAUAACCACACCUGUUUUGUACCACAUGAUACAAAUGAUACAGAUCCUGAAAUAUCAUCAGCCGAUUUUCUUGAUCCUGUGGUAGUGUCCUCCCUGCUGGCAGUCAACGUUGUGUGCACUGCUAUGGUGUUGUGGACUCUACGCAGUCAUCUCAGUGACUCUGCAAAGGUCAAGAACAAGUUGAAAGUAAUGCUGAUUUUUGUGCUGAACUUGCUCAUAUUCACCAUAUGUUUCUUACCUCUGUCAAUUAGUUUGGUUACAGUUCAUAAUCGUGUGUCAUUGAUUUGUCUUGCUGCUGCGAACUGUUGUCUGGAUCCACUGUUGUAUUAUUUUUCUUUUGAUGCUUUCUGGAAGAACAAAGAAGAUGUGGAAUCAUCAUGAGAACAGUAGAAAAAGAACAUAUUUACAUGAGGUGGUGUCAGAUCUCCAGUGGGAUGUUGUGGUUUUCCUAUUUUCCUGCAAAAUAUGGGGCAUGGGAUGUACAUUUGUCUACUAUGUGACUUUGACUAUUUGACU